AUGCGUGGAGUUAUCGUCAAAAGUGCCAACAGUUUCUCUCUGGAAGACAUCCCCAAACCAACAAUCCAAUCUCCCACCGAUGUCAUUGUCAAAGUCAGCGCAACAACCAUCUGCGGAUCUGAUGUCCAUUUGAUCCAUGGCGAUAUGAGCUCGCACUGGGAUUUUCCCUUAGGCCACGAAUUUGUCGGAACUGUUCAUCAGCUCGGCACCGCAGUACAAGACUUCAAGUUAGGAGACCGCGUCGUGGCAGCGGCCGGAGUCACCUGUGGCGAGUGCGAUCAAUGCUGUGAACUCAAAUACCAGAAUUGCGUGCACUUUGGAAUCUAUGGAUGUGGGAACGAUUUUGGUGGCUUGGGUGGUGCCCAAGCUGAGUUCGUGCGAGUUCCCUGUGCCAACAAUUGUUUGGCUCCCAUCCCUGAUGGCGUAAGCAAUGCCCAGGCCCUCACUGUUGGAGAUAUUCUCUGCACCGGAUGGACUGGAGUCGAGCGAGCUGUUGCUGCUCCAGGUGCAACUUUGGUUGUUUUCGGCGCUGGGCCUGUCGGUUUGGCUGCUAUCCAUACUGCAUGUCUAUCGGGUGUAUCCAAAGUUAUUGCAGUCGACGUGAUACCGGAGCGUCUGGCGGUUGCCAUGGACCUGAAAGCUGACCAUGUCAUCAACCCACUGUUAGAAGAUGUUGGCGCUGUUGUUAUGAAGCUCACAGGUGGACGCGGCGCGGACGCCAUCGUGGAUGCAGCUGGGGUAAAAAGCUCGAUCAAUAGCUGGCCCUCUGUUGCUGCACUGGGCGCAAAAAUUGCCAUGGUUGCCAUUCCAUCCGGCCCUGUUGAAAUGCCACUAGCUCAGCUGCAGAUGAAAGCUGCUACUAUCUGGAUGGGUCUAGCUGAUACGAGUAGAGUUCGCAUGGAUACUCUUCUCCAACGAAUCAAGGAUGGAUCCCUAGAUCCUUCGCCCAUUUUUACUGAGACCAUCGCAUUCAGUGAGAUUGAAACAGGUCUCCGAGAAUUUAUCUCGAGAAAGCGAGGCUUGAUCAAGCCUCUGAUACUUUUCGAGUGA